AUGUCCGACGAACAGCCCGUGCCUGAGAAUUAUAUUGAAGAGAGCCAGUUUGAUGAUAAUGCGAUUCAGAACACUGUCUACGUGAAAUGGGAUGUCAAGGGCGGCCGUGACCGAACCCACGACGCUAACCUUAACACAUGCACCCAGCUAGAGGGAUCUCCCAACAUCCAAGGCAUUGAGAUCAAAAGUGCGGUAAACGUUUCUUUGUACUGCUAUGGUGGCACCUCUUGCAGCGGUAGCCCGGACGUUUUUGAAGGACCCACCAAUGGCAAGCUCAAGGUUAAUCCUCAACGUUAUGGAGCGUACAAACUUGUGACUCGUUAA